AUGACGGGCUAUGCGAUCCCGGAUCACUUACCACCAGGUGCUGCCUUCUCAAAUCGGCUGAAGUUAGCCGAUGUGACUUCAAUGUCAAAUAUCAAUGCAGCCUACACGGACCUCAUGCAAGUUGUAGCAAGAUGGAAAGAUGAUAACGCUGCCUUGGUCAAGGCGCGCUUCAUGCUCCGUGCCAUCCUUACCUGGGCAGGAUUGAGUUCCGGGCAGUGGGCAGCGAUCGUAUCAAAGGAUCAACUCGCAUUCAACGUCACCGCGUUCGACGAUCAUACGCUGUGGCUCGAUGGCGGCAAGGGAGUGUCGUACUACAGUCAGCUACAGGUUGAAGGCUUUUUCAUUCACUACGCUCCCGCUCGAGUGCGCUUCAGCGUACGACCCAAAGAUAUUGAAAUGGCCAGAUGCUGUGAUGCAGACAUUUUGCUGGAUAUAGACAUUCCUCUCGAAUCUGAUGGAGAAGAUGACAAUCUCAUGUGGCGGUCCCAUACGCGACCAACGAGUGUGAUAGCACGCAUAUAUGGUCAGAUUCAACGGAUAUGCUAA